GUAGUAGUAAUAGUGGUUGUAGUAGUAGUAAUAGUGGUUGUAGUAGUAGUAGUAGCGGUUGUAGUAGUAGUAGUAGCGGUUGUAGUAGUAGCGGUUGUAGUAGUAGUGGUUGUAGUAGUAGUAGUAGUAGCAGUAGUAGCGGUUGUAGUAGUAGUAGUAGUGGUGGUGGUUUUUGUAGUAGUAGCAGUAGUAGUGGUUGUAGUAGUAGCGGUUGUAGUAGUAGCAGUAGUAGUGGUUGUAGUAGUAGCGGUUGUAGUGGUUGUAGUAGUAGCGGUUGUAGUAGUAGCAGUAGUAGUGGUAGUGGUUGUUGUAGUAGUGGUAGUGGUUGUUGUAGUAGUAGUGGUAGUGGUUGUUGCAGUAGUAGUGGUAGUGGUUGUUGUAGUAGUAGCAGUAGUAGUGGUUGUAGUAGUAGCGGUUGUAGUAGUAGCAGUAGUAGUGGUUGUAGUAGUAGUGGUUGUAGUAGUAGUAGUAGUAGUGGUUGUUGUAGCAGUAGUAGUAGUGGUUGUUGUAGUAGUAGCAGUAGUAGUGGUUGUAGUAGUAGUAGCAGUAGUAGUGGUUGUAGUAGUAGCGGUUGUAGUAGUAGCAGUAGUAGUGGUUGUAGUAGCGGUUGUAGUAGUAGCAGUAGUAGUAGUAGUGGUUGUUGUAGUAGUAGCAGUAGUAGUAGUGGUUGUUGUAGUAGUAGCAGUAGUAGUAGUAGUGGUUGUUGUAGUAGUAGCAGUAGUAGUGGUGGUGCCAGUGAUUUUGGCCCAGGGAUGUUUGUAGUCACACAGUAUCAAAUAUGAGGUCUCAUUUACUCGUAGUUCAGAUAUGGAAGUAAAAUAGUACCUGUUAGCUUCCUUGUCAAGUGAGAGACUCAUUUUAGAGCACUGACCCCUAAACAGAGAUCCAGCAUAGUGGUUAACACAGUGACAGCUCAAUAUUGAAUGAGAAUAGUUCUCUAUUAUUCUCUUAGAAAUCAAACAUUUACUAAACAGACACAUCCAAAUAGUCUGGUGAUUUAAAUCACACGUACAUGUAGUCAUGACUUCUAAUUUUUUUUUUUUUACCUUUAUUUAACUAGUUAAGUCAGUUAAGAACAAAUUCUUAUUUUCAAUGACGGCCUAGGAACCGUGGGUUAACUGCCUGUUCAGGGACAGAACGACAGAUUUGUACCUUGUCAGCUCGGGGAUUUGAACUUGCAACCUUUCGGUUACUAGUCCAACGCUCUAACCACUAGGCUACCCUGCCGCCUCUACACUCUAACCACUAGGCUACCCUGCCGCCCCUACGCUCUAACCACUAGGCUACCCUGCCGCCCCAAUGAUCACCUCUUCUCCAUUCCUGCCAGGAUUGAAUUGGAUCCGCGGUAACCUCAGUGUUUAGGCGGUGUCAGAGGUGUAACUGCUCUGUAGCUGUCAAAUCAACAAGCGUCUCCCUCCACAUUUUAUACCUAUCGCCGGCAUUGUCAUUGGAUGUGCAGAGUUGCAUUUAUAUAAAUCCCACGCAUCCGUUUUUCAACUUCAAACACUGUCGUCCGUGAUGUAAUCUACACCUCGAUUAGGCUGAUGUAAAUACUUAUUGUUAAGUUUAACAACAACAACAAAUGUUUUAACGGGAGUCAUUUCUAUAUAGCCUACACGUUCUUGUUCUGAACUUCUAACGCAGGAUGGGUGAGUUCUCUCGUUUCUGGGUUGGGCAAAAUCUGGGAAUUCUAUAUCCGGUCUAACGCGUGUGCAAUGGUCCAGCUGUUCUAUAUCCAGUCUAAAACCGUGUAAUAUGGUCCAUUUGUAGUAUGGUCUUUUCUCAACAGAAAUGACGUAAACCAAGAGCAAGACCUGUUGAAACGUACCUCGGUUCGAAUCCGACAAGGGGAAAAACAACAAUAUCUACAGCCUGGCACUCUGCAGUCAACCCGGGCUGGUCUUGGUUAUUCUAGCUCGACUUGCGUUUCCACUGCCGCAAUAUCAUUAACAAUGUCAUGUUGCUUUCUAACCAAUGUGACUGUGCUGUUAGCUUCGCUAAUGUUGAAACUGUAGAAAAUCAGUUGGCUACAACUAGAAAGAUGUUGCAGAAAUAUCCCCCUUGGUGGAUAUAAACUACACAAGACUUCCUCUGGGUGGAAUGUAACGAGUUGAACCGAGUGGAAGUUGUAUCCGCCUUGUGGUUUGUAGUUUACAAACCUGCUAGAGUUGGUUAGCCGCAGGCGGACGAGCAAUAUGCACCGUUUGUAGUGCGGAUGAGUUUAACCAACCUGAACUGGAAUCAACGUGAAGAUGAUUAGCUUUAGAAACCCCCUGAGUAGAUCUAGUGCUUCGUAGGAGCUAGGCUACCCUGCCCUCUGGUCUUACUGGAGCGAAUAAUAACUCAUCACGGUGUCUUUAAACCAUCCAUCUGCUUCUAUUGUGUUGCUUUGUUCAACAGGUAACGUUAUGCCAUUAAGGAAUUGUAGGGGAAUAAAAUGACGUAGCAUCAGCCUAAUAAUAACGAUGUUAAGAACAGUAGGGUCAAUGGUUUCAUACUAAAUAACACGAAGCAGGAGCUUAUUGUCAUUAAAAAAACGAUAAUAUAUAGAGAUGAACCAAUUGUAAAAUAACCAUGAUGUAGAAAUAUAUGAACAUAUUGUUCUUGUUCUUCAUAUUGUUUUUGAAUUUGACUCGCCCAUGAGCAAUUACUGUCAUUUUGUAUGACUGAACUGUACCUGUCCCAGAUGAAAUAGACUGUUAUGGUCUGAGUGUUUGUCAAUCACUUUACUAAAAUAAAACCAUACAUUUCAUUUCCCUACACAUUUUACAAUAACCCUGGCAGAAUUCUUACCUUAUAGCCUGAAUUCACAACCAGAACAUGUCAAGUCAAUGAGAUAUGUCCUUCCCGAUGACGAGUGCUCAGUAUCUAUGUUCUAGAUACGGUUGAUCUUUGAAUUGCUAUUUCGUAUGCAGGUGACUAACUUACUGCUAAUUACAUGGCUACAACUCACAGUAAAGCCUGUGGGGUCCCCUAUAGGAUAGCUCCCACAUUACACACAUAAUCUCCCUUUUUUAACCGAACACUGUGUGCCCGAAGAAGAUCCUACGAUGACGGACAGACAACUGAGCCAAUGGCGGAAGACUACAGACUACAACCAGCUGAACCAAUCCGGAGAUCCGAUCUUCCUAGGGUCAACCUACUUUCUGUGACGUAUAUAAGAGCUGUGCUGACUGUUUACGCGCUCUCUGCCUGCCGUUCCACACGAACUAACGGAAGAGCCGUAAUUACGUUGUACUACAUAUUUUCACUCUGAAUAAACUGUUUACUUGUCAUAAAAUUUA